CAAGCAUGAGGGAGGCCGUAAGCCCCAGAGCGGGUGUCCAGGCAUUCUAACGGAGCACGUCUGAAUUAACCACACCCCAGUCUUCGUCUGUCAUGAUACAGUUUUCUCGCCAAGUAGUCUACCUUCCAUCACGAAGAAAGUAUCCCAUAGGCACGCUACCUUGUCUGCCCUUACAGGCUUACCCCCUUUGGCGAUCGUCUUUCCCCAUGUUUCCUGUCUAAUACCUAAUGACGGGCCCAGCUUCCUCGUUCCGUGACCCAUCGACUCUCCUUGUCCACGUCGAGCUCCAGCAGCUGCGCAACCACGUUGUCCAAUUUGCGGCUUGCCCAUCCACCACCCCCCGGAACCUGGGAAAGCUAAAUUGCCUAACUGAAUCCAGCGUCCCAUUCUCUCGUCCUCUAAUAAAAGUCCUUGGAUUGCUGUAUUACCAACGACCUAGGGCCACUCCUUCUCCUGGAGUCCUGCAUCCAUCCUCCUGUCUCUCUUCUCACUACUCACGCGCGCCGCUGAUCGUCACCCGCUUCCGCUUCCGCCUCUCUUCUCUCACGCUCUCUCCCAACAACUUUUUCUCUGCUUCACCACCCUCUCUCGCUCGCUCUGCCUCCCGCUCUGCACCACUUACGCCAGCACCCAUCUACCUCGUCAAGCCUGCUAUCACGACCCAUCUUGCAGCUGUCGUCUCGAUUCGCUCCGCUACCGCUACUACCCACCAAUUGACCCCUCACAGCACCACCCAUUCGGCACCCGCUAGACGACCCUACAGUUGGGCUACCUAUGCGCUGCCUCUAGUACGGCUCUCGAACAAACACACGAUACCGACAACCUCCUUUUGCGCCUUCGCAUACAUUGGAUUUUGGCUAUUUGCACCACCGAGCAACGCAUCACAUGGCUGUCUUUGCUCCAGAAACGCGAAACGGGGCUGACAGCAUUGCCAUCAAUGGCAUACCGCCCGCCGCCUAUGUAAACGGCAACGGCAACCUGGCGCAUCGCCUCAAAAUGGAACGCAAACAGUCCUCGCCCAUGAUGCCGGCCUUCAUGGUCUCGGCACCAGGAAAAGUCAUUGUUUUUGGAGAGCACGCCGUCGUUCACGGCAAGGCCGCAAUCGCCGCAGCCAUCUCUUUGCGAUCAUACCUUCUUGUCACCUCUCUCUCCAAGUCGAGGAGAACAGUCUCGCUCCGUUUCCCAGAUAUCGACCUGCAACACACAUGGAAUAUCGACGACCUGCCGUGGGCCACCUUUCAGCACCCUUCGAAGAAGAAGUCCUACUACGACCUUGUGACGGAGCUUGACCCGGACCUGGUUGCAGCCAUCCAACCAAACCUCGCAGAAAUAUCACCGCACAAGUCUGACCAAGUACGAAAAGUGCACCAAAACUCGGCCUCGGCCUUCCUGUACAUCUUCCUAUCGCUUGGCCACCAGUCUUUCACAGGAUGCCUCUACACUCUUCGAUCAACAAUUCCUAUUGGCGCUGGUCUGGGCAGCAGUGCGUCGAUCGCCGUCUGCCUGGCAGCGGCUCUUCUGCUGCAGCUGCGCACAUUGUCAGGCCCACACCCAGAUCAGCCCCCUGACGAGGCCAGGCUGCAAGUGGAGAGAAUCAACCGGUGGGCGUUUGUCUGCGAGAUGUGCAUACAUGGCAACCCUUCAGGCGUCGACAACACCGUUUCAACCCAAGGCAAGGCUGUAGUCUUCCAGCGGACGAAUUACAGCAAACCCCCGGCCGUGCGACCUCUCUGGGACUUUCCCGAGCUCCCCCUCCUCCUCGUCGACACGAAGCAGGCCAAGUCGACGGCAUUCGAAGUGGCCAAGGUCGGCAAGCUCAAGAAGACACAUCCGGAGCUGGUUGGCAGUAUCCUGGACGCCAUCGACAAGGUUACGGUCGCGGCAGACACUCUGAUUGGAAAUGAGGCAUUUGACAACGAGGAGGAAGAAAGUCUACGGAAAGUGGGAGAGCUGAUGACGAUCAAUCACGGAUUGCUCGUCUCUUUGGGGGUGUCCCACCCGCGUCUGGAGCGGAUAAGAGAGCUGGUGGAUCACGAAGGCAUUGGGUGGACGAAGCUGACCGGCGCUGGCGGCGGCGGUUGCUCCAUUACUCUGCUGAAGCCAGAUGUGCCCAAGGACAAGCUUAACAGGCUGGAAUCUCAACUGGAAGACGAAGGCUACGAAAAAUUCGAAACAACCCUUGGCGGUGACGGCGUGGGCGUGCUCUGGCCGGCAGUCCUCAAGAACGGAAUGGACGAAGACAAUGAAGGGGGCAUGGAAAUCGACCAAGAGAGUUUCCUGAAUGCCGACGGCAACGAGGGCGUCGAGAAGCUGGUGGGCGUUCACGGGGGCGUAGGCGAGCGAGAAGGCUGGAAGUUCUGGCGCGUCGAGAGCCAUUGAUGAGGUUGCGACAAGCUUCAAUCUGCUUCUACACUACCUUUUUCUAACCGGCCGUGCCACGGUGCAAGGCAGAGAAGAUUUACUGGCUACAUUGGGUUAUUCGCCAUACGACAUGAUAAUAUGAGGAGGAGAAGGGAACAGCUGUGGGUGCGGCUUCAUGUAUCUAUUUUUAAUCGGCGCUGAGAG